UGUAUUCUCCUUGAAGGAUAGCCUGAGUGGGAAUCUGAGGAGAAUGAACCUUUAUUUAUUUAUUUUUUAAAACUCAGAUUAAGGAUUUAAAGUUAGGGAUUGAAAAUUUGACUUUGCUGUAGGUUCUGUUGUCAGAGUUGAACUGUCCAUCAAAUUCUAAAGCAAGGGUGAGAACCUCUGUUAUGGUCUUCUGUGUCUUUAAGAAUUGUUUCUUCAGGCUUCUGUUGGGCUGGGAGGCCUUUUAGGAUGCUGAAAAGACCAACCCCAUUGUUAAUUAGCAUCACAAAGCGCUAGGUGGAGUGGUUUAGAGCAGGUUUUGUGUUUUGCCUUAUUAAGUGGCCUGGCUCUUAGUUUUGGAGUCAAGGAAUCUAGAAUGAACCACAGGACUUGGCUCCUCCAGGAGCUUGCUAGAGGGAGAAGGGGCAUCAGUGACAUUUUAUGUCGUGAUGUCUCGGGAGACAGAUGUGGAGUGUCAGCAGUCCCAUGGCAGUGCCUCCCCGCAGUCCCAUGCCAGCGGUACCUGCUCUCAGUCCCAAGGCAGCUUCUCGCAGUCCCAUGGUCCCUCCUCACAGACACACGGCUCCUCUUCACAGUCUCAGGGCAUGUCCAGCUCCUCCACCAGCACAGUGCCCACGUCCAGCCAGUCUUCUCACUCCAGCUCGGGCACGCUCAGCUCCUUAGACACAGUGUCCACUCAGGAACUGUGUUCUAUUCCCGAGGACCAAGAACCUGAGGAGCCUGUCCCUGCUCCCUGGGCUCGAUUAUGGGCCCUUCAGGAUGGAUUCUCUAAUCUUGAGUGUGUUAAUGACAACUACUGGUUUGGGAGGGAUAGAAACUGUGAAUACUGCUUUGAUGAGCCCCUGCUGAAAAGAACCGAUAAAUACCGGACUUACAGCAAGAAACACUUUCGGAUCUUCAGAGAAAUGGGUCCUAAAAAUUCUUUCAUCGCAUACAUAGAAGAUCACAGUGGAAAUGGAACCUUUGUAAAUAGAGAGCUUGUAGGGAAAGGAAGACGCCUUCCUCUGAGUAACAAUUCUGAAAUUGCACUUUCAGUGUGGAGUAAUAAAGUUUUUGUAUUUUUUGAUCUGACUGUAGAUGAUCAGUCAGUUUACCCUAAGGAAUUAAGAGAUGAAUACAUCAUGUCAAAAACUCUUGGAAGUGGUGCCUGUGGUGAGGUGAAGCUAGCUUUCGAGAGGAAGACAUGUAAGAAAGUAGCCAUAAAGAUCAUCAGCAAAAGGAAAUUUGCUAUCAGCUCUGAGAGAGAGGCUGAUCCAGCACUCAAUGUUGAAACAGAAAUAGAAAUUUUGAAGAAACUAAAUCAUCCUUGUAUCAUCAAGAUUAAAGACUUUUUUGAUGCUGAAGAUUAUUACAUUGUUUUGGAAUUGAUGGAAGGAGGGGAGCUGUUUGACAGGGUGGUGGGAAAUAAACGCCUGAAAGAAGCUACGUGCAAACUCUAUUUUUACCAGAUGCUCCUGGCUGUCCAGUACCUUCACGAAAAUGGCAUUAUUCAUCGGGACCUAAAGCCAGAGAAUGUUCUACUCUCGUCUCAGAAAGAGGACUGUCUUAUAAAGAUUACUGAUUUUGGGCAGUCUAAGAUUUUGGGGGAGACCUCUCUCAUGAGAACCUUAUGUGGUACCCCCACCUACCUGGCCCCUGAGGUUCUUAAUUCCUUUGGGACUGCUGGAUAUAACCGUGCUGUGGACUGCUGGAGUUUAGGAGUUAUUCUUUUCAUUUGCCUUAGUGGGUAUCCACCUUUCUCUGAACAUAAGACUCAAGUGUCACUGAAGGAUCAGAUCACCAGUGGAAAAUACAACUUCAUUCCUGAAGUCUGGGCGGAGGUUUCAGAGAAGGCUCUAGACCUCGUCAAGAAGUUGUUGGUUGUGGAUCCGAAGGUGCGUUUCACGACAGAAGAAGCUUUAAGACACCCGUGGCUUCAGGAUGAGGACAUGAAGAGAAAAUUUAAGAAUUUGCUUUUUGAAGAAGAUAAGUCAACAGCUCUGCCCCAGGUCCCAGCCCAGUCAUCCACAAGUCGAAAGCGGCUCCACGAAGGGGAAGCAGGAGACGCCGACACCACAAAGCGCCUGGCUGUGUGUGCGGCUGUCUCGUGAACACCGGUUGGCCACGAAAGAAAUGUGCCUUCUUGAACCGUGCUGUCAUUUUGUUUAAAUCUGUUGUAUAUAUUUUGUAUUUUCAUGAUGGGAACAAUUGCUUUUCCACAAUCAUUGAUACAGAAUUCAAAACCUAAUGGAACCUGGGCUUCGUGCUUCUGCCUGUAGGUCAGCCCUUACAUACCUUCAGUGUGUAUGUCUUUGAAGUUGUUAUAUGCCUUUUGUCUGGUGCUCCACCUUGGCUGUAACCAGGCAGCUUGGUGAGCUGUGUACAGAUUCUAAAGGCCACUCAGAAAGUUGCAGGGAAAAGGGCACAGUGAGUCGCAGUGGGGUUUGUAGAGACUGGCUGCCUCCCUCCUCACUAGAUGGUAGGUACCUUGGUGCAUAUACCACGGGCCAGCUUUAGAGUCACAUUCUCACCCUCAUAGUCCCUGAAACCAAAGGGCCAGAUGAGGUGCAAAAUUUUAAAACUUCUUGAUUUUAGCAAGAGGACCAGGCACAUUGACUAUGUUAUACAUAAUACCCAGUUGAGCCAAACGCUUCAAUAUUUCUGCAACAAAUAUCCACAGGAAGAGGACAAGGAAAACUGUAAGUAACCUCUUGUCCCCUCAGGUCAGUCUUUUCUGUCACAUGAGUCAUAGAGGACUCUACAGUUUCAGAGCUGUUCAGAUUUUGGAAAUGCAGAUAAGGCAUGUGAACAUGUCAUGUUGACCCAAUGAUGACUGAAGAGGCCCUGUGUAAAGCCCUUUCCUAGGUUGGUCUUGUCUAGUCCUCAGUGAUUCUACAUGCAAGGUCCUCUGAUCACCCUCAGGUUAUAGGUGAGGAGCCCAGGCUGAAGGAGUAAAAUGACUUAUCCACUGUCACCCAGCUAAGAAGUGGCAGAGCUGGGACCCAAACCAGGGCUUUCUGACUCAAAUUCAUGUUCCUUAUCUCCUUAGUCCCAUAUUCAGUCAGACUCAUGGAUGUUGACUCACAUUGACAAAAUUCACGUGAGACUGAUGUCUAAAUCUUGAGUGCCAGUUUGUUCAAUCAGGGUAAGUGGGUACAACCCCAUGUGGAAGUUGGGAAUAAAGGAACAAAGGCACAUUCAAAUUACUUCAUGGAAAAGGGGAUUUGUUUCAACAUUACAGAUGGCUGAGGAUGGGAGCCAUCAGGAGUCUAGGCAGAUCCAAUAGCUGUCUCGUCUUUUUCUGACCCACUGAUUUUGCUUCUCUUGUAACUUUGGCUGGUUGAUGUGAAGCCACAUUGUAGCUUGCUGACCAUGCCAUGAGUUGAGUGCUUUGGUUCAGAUGCCACUAGUGAGCAGCCAGGGUAGGGUGGGGGCACAUAGCUGAUGCCCCAGGCACUGAGGGUGGUGGUUGGCAAUUUCCAUUAGAAGGGUGUGCAAGCGAGCAUUCUGAGGCUUGGCUGGUCUGCUGAGGGCUAGAUGGGGAGUUAGGUGGUUUGCAUACUUAAAGGAAUGAGGCUGAGAUUGCCAAGUUAAAUGGGUUUUAGCUCAUUUGAAUAUUUAAUGUGAAGGCUGUGGUUUCUUAGGGCAUUUUUCCCUCUUGGGGCAGAGUCAGCCAGCCCUUCUCUGUUUCCCAAGUACUUUGUAUCAGCUCCCUCUGGUUAUACCUACUGUGGUAGGGUGAAUAAUGGUCUCCAAACAUGUUCCCAGCUUUAUUCCCAGAAUUUAUGAAUAUGUUCCUUUACAUGGCAAAAGGGACUUUGCAGGUGUAAUUAAGUGAAGAAUCAUGAGAUAGGAAGAUUAUCCCAUUUUAUCUAGGUGGCCCAAUGUCAUCACAAUGUUUCUUUUAAGAGGCACAGGAAGAGUCAGAGUCAGAAGAGAUGGAGUGGUUUUCUUUGAAAACAGUGGAAGGGGCCACAAGCCAAGGAAUACAGGCAGCCACUGGAAGCUGACAAAAAGCAAGGCCCCUCAGAGCCUUCUACAGGAACCAGUCCUUUACGUUACACCUUGACUUUAGCCAAAUGAAACUAAUCUGACUUCUGACCUGCAGAACUGUAAGAGAAUAAAUAUGUGAUGUUUUAAGCCACCCAAUUUGUGGUAAUUUGUUUCAGCAGCCAUAGGAAACCAAUAUACUCACCAAUGGUAGGUGGUCAUCAGCUGCCGAUUUAGGGCCACCCAGCAUCCCUUCCUCUUCCUAAUCUCACAGUCCAAUUUCCUUUUGGGGGAAUUCUUUCCCUAUCACAUGAAGUCAUAGGGGGAGGGGGAGAUGAUAAAUCUCAGUGUCUGCCUGCCCCCCACUAUAGAAGCUGGAGGGGUUCCCUAGUCUCCUUCCUUGGUAGAGCUCUUUCCCCUGACUACCCAGCUGCAGUUGGGCAGAGGACUUUUAUUAAACAUGAGCAAAUGAUGCUAGGAUGGCAGUGUUAGUGGUAGACACAAUAUUGUGCUAAUCUGGGCUCUCUGUACUUCCUGACUUUGGCUUUGGACAAAUUACUUCAAAUUGCUAAGCUUUUAUUUCCUUAUCUGUUAAAUGGGCACAAUAAGAGUACUGAAUUAAUAUGGUGUUUAUAAGAAUUCAAGAGUGGAAAUUUCAUUUAAAGUGCCUGGUAAGGAAGGGAUCCAUCAAUGUUGGCUUCCAUCAUUAAAGGUGGGAGGGUCACAUAAGUAUCCAGAGGGAGCCAUAGAAAGUUCUUUAGCAGGGAAGUAACAUCAUCUGUUCAGCUUUUUGGGGGCAUAUAAGAUGGGUGGUUAAUUGAGAUGCCUUUGAUAAAACAGAUUUGGGGGAUGCCAGGCCUGGGUGGGUGGUGGGAGCAGAGGCAGAGGGGCAUUACACAGUGACUGAAUUAAUUGCCAUUCCCUUUGGAAGAAUGGAUGUGUUGCUCUAUAGUGGACCUGCUGUGCCUAGAUGUUGGUGUAGUGGACAGCUCUUAUCUGUAUCAAUCCUGAACCUGAUGCCUCUUGUGGUAAUUAUAGCCCUAUUUUUCUGGGAGAGGCAUCCCUUCUUUCACUUGCCCUUACCCCACGUCCUUCUGGUGGGGGCUGACCCUGUUCUCUUACUAGAAGGACUCCUUAUAGCCAGAUCUGGCCAAUCUUGUAAUUGGCUCAGGCAGAUGAAUGUGACCCAAAUGGGUGCAAUGAAAGUCAACUUGAGAUUGGCUGGAAUUACUGGGAUUCAGCUCCUACUUUUCUAGUCAGAUAUGACCUAGGAGAUGCCCAAGACACUUUGUGGAGAGAAAUGCAUGAAUGAAGGCAUCACAGAGGGAAGCAGAGCUGAGAGACUGUAUAAAGACUGAGGUUAUUUGGAGCACUUGGAUCCUGCUAUGCCUGAAGUGAGAUACUGCCCCUGGACUUUAUUCCCUUUAUUGUUUUACUCCAGGUGUUUCCCGCCUUCUCCCCUUCUCCAAUCACUUGUUUCUGGAAAAGGCCAGACUAAUAAAUUCAAACAUUUACAAACUC